AUGAGUAUGAUAGACUUGAUGAGUCAGAUACCAGCAAAGGAAAUAAAUGGAACAACUGCUGGAAGCCAAGAUUUGGUUCCUUGUAGAAUCUGUGGAAGACAUUUUGCACAAGAUGUUCUGCUGAGACAUGAGCCAAUAUGCAAGAAAGUCUUCAACAAGAAGCGCAAGCCCUUCAAUUCUUUUAAACAGAGACUGCAGGGAACAGAAAUCGGUACUGUGAAGAAGCAGCCCCCACAAAAGAAUCAGCAGGUGAAGAAAUCUAACUGGAGACAGCAGCAUGAGGAUUUUAUUAACGCUAUUCAAUCGGCCAAAGAAGUCACAAAAGCUAUGCAAGAAGGCCGUCCUCUUCCGCCUCCUCCCCCACCAAGUAUCAAUCCAGACUACAUUCAGUGUCCAUACUGCUCAAGAAGAUUUAAUGAGGCUGCAGCACAAAGGCACAUCAAGUUUUGUGAAGAACAAGCUGCUCGCCAUGCCUUUGCUGCAAAGACCACCAGACAGGCUGUGGGCAAGCAACCAGUGACUCAGAGAAAAAAAACAACCUUAACAACUGCAGCAUUAUCAUUUCAGAAGAGAGUACAAGAAGCUGCCAAUACAGAUAAACCUAGUCCAGAGACCCCUCAUGGAACACUACAAAAAAACAGAAAACCUUUGGGUGUAUCUCCUGGAAAAGAAUCUUCAAGAGAGUUCAGGUAAGGAUAUAUUUUUUUUUUUUCC